AUGGCGGCGGGGCGGGGCUGGGCCGGCAUGGCGGCGCCGGCGGCGCUGCGGCGGUGGUGGAUGUUGGCGGUGGGCGGCCGGACGAGCUGGUGUCCCACUUCGCCGUGCCCAGGCCGAGCGCUGCCCAGGCCCCCGGCCGGCCCUGCCCUCGCAGCUGGCUCCCUGCUGCGCUGGGCGUCGUCCGUCUCCGAGCCGGGCCCGACGGAGAGCGGCCCUAGCGAAGGACAGGUCUUUCUCAGCGAGAGCUGCGUGAAGAGGCUGCUGGAAAUCGCAGAAGGAUCAGAGUUUCUCAGGCUGCAGGUGGAAGGAGGUGGCUGCUCUGGCUUCCAGUACAAGUUUUCCUUGGACACAGUUAUCAAUCCUGAUGACAGGGUGUUUGAGCAAGGUGGUGCCCGAGUGGUUGUGGAUGUGGACAGCCUGGCCUUUGUGAAAGGUUCCAUGGUGGACUUCAGCCAAGAGCUGAUUCGAAGCUCCUUCCAGGUGGUGAGCAACCCCCAGGCAGAGAAGGGUUGCUCAUGUGGGACUUCCUUCUCUGUCAAGUUCUGACUGGACUUGCCAUGGAUGGACACUGUUUGCAGACCCUUUUGGCAGUCUCCAGAGGGUUUAUGUUUGUUCUUUUCCCUGCUGCUCCCUCUCAUCUCCCUUACCCUGUGACACAGCUGUUACACAUUACUGCAGCUGUGUGUGUGUUUGCACUGAGCCUGCCUCCAAGACUUGUUGGCCUUCCCUUCAGAAACGAUGAAGUAACCAUGAGCACGCACCCAGGAGCAUCUUCAGCGCCUUGUGAACCACUGGCCAGGUGGUGCUGACUUGCCUGGCCUCUCCUGAAUGUGGAACUACCUAAUUGUCUCUGCAAGAGAAGGCUGUACAUACAUAUAUGUGUGUGUGUGUGUGUGUAUCAAAAGUUCUUACUUAUAAAAGUCUAUAAGAUUGA